AUACUUUAGUCGAACGUGAUUCGCACAUGUGCCAAGUUGGUGUUCAUAAAACCAUUCAAUUCAGUUGACUGCCAAUGACUAGUAUACUUUUCGAUCCGGAACAGAUUAUAUUGGAUGGAGAAUCUUCAGCCUAUUUUAACGGGUCUGUAAUCGAACAGUUUAAGGGAGAAUACAUACCAAGCUCUUCGGCGACUGGACAAGACUUAGCUAUAAAGAUGGGUUCGAAUGAGACAGCAACUUUUGAGUAUUUAUGGAAGAACAUGCGCGAAAUAGCGGGACAAAGCAACGGAGGUCUACUUCCCCAGCGAGACAAUAUUGACAGCGAAUUAUAUGUUAAUGAGACCGAAUCGGCUGCAACGGGGACAAACGACAUGGAGCGCUUCCAAAUAAAUAGUCAAGAUAGUAUGGCGGAAUUCGUAAGUAGUGUGGAAAAGGCGUAUAUAAUGUUUGCCUAACCUUAAACUUUUCGCGUAGUGCGAGCGAGAAAACGUGUGGCGUGUUUAAGUUUGGGAUUUUCGAGUGUUUGUGUUAUGCCCGUUAUUCAUUGUACGGCGUUUCGAUUGAUCUUUUCACCGAAAAUAUGUGCAAUAUUCGAUUUAGGAGCGGAACGCGUACUAGUAAUGGACAUUUAAUAGAAAUCACCACCCUAAGGGGAGGUUGGCAGCUUAGAGUGUCUUUAUGAAAAAAAAAUAUGCGUACACGCAUCGGCGUCCUAUGCAUAUUUAUUAUUGUUAUUUAAUUAUUAAGUAAAGAAAAAUAAGAAUUGAAUGAUAGUAAAAAAAAAAAGAAAACAGAGGCGACAUUUAUAUAGGAAGAAAAAUAUGCUAUCUGUAGGCAUUUACUGAAUAGCGGUUAGACGUAACCGUUUUGUAAAUAAUAGCACCUGCACUCUCGUUGUCCGGGCCCUCUCUUUUCACUACUCAACUAUUCUUCUUUUCCUUUACUAUUUCUUAUAAAAACAAAAAGGUAGAAAGGCUGAAUUGAAUUUGGAAAAAUAGUACUGUACGCAUGCGCCAUUUCAGUAUAGAUUAGCAUAAUCAAUGACUGAUCAAAGCUACCUGUUAGGACCUGUUGUUGUCGCAGCUCCAUAGUUGCGCAGCAUUGUCUUAUAGCUAUUAGACAUGGACGGGUUUGAUUACUAUAACCAAGAAGAGUCGCAUAUUUCCUGGCAACACGAUUCUUCCCAGUCGCGUCUCUCAUCGUCAUCUGGCCCAAGGACUUUUAUAUUCACCAAUCGUAAACUCAAUCCUAUAAUUCCGGCGACGGGACAAAAUCACGUCAUGAGCCCGGAUUCACAUUCUCAAACUACGGACAUAUCCAGUACCACUCCCUCGCCAUACCACAGCCAGACAAUGUCACCAAAUGUUCCGAUAUCGUCUCAAAUGCAUAGUUCGCCAACUGUACCGUCCAGCGCCUCCUAUUCUGGGGAUUAUGGAUUUGAGAUAAGCUUUCAGCAACAAUCAAAAGAAACUAAAUCCACCACUUGGACGUAUUCGGAAAUGCUACGCAAGUUGUUCGUGAGGAUGGCGACAACUUGUCCUAUUCGAUUUAAAACGGCAAGAACACCUCCGCCCAAUACCGUCAUUCGUGCCAUGCCAAUCUAUAUGAAGCCGGAGCAUGUGAGAGAGGUCGUCAAGAGAUGUCCUAAUCACGCUACCACUAAGGAAUAUAAUGAAAAUCAUCCUGCACCGGAGCACCUUGUAAGGUGUGAACAUAAAUUGGCUAGAUACGAAGAACACGAUUAUACCGGAAGACAGAGUGUAGUACUUCCACACGAACAGCCUCAGCCAGGUGCCGAAUGGGUCACCAACUUAUUCCAAUUUAUGUGUUUUUCCUCGUGUGUGGGUGGUUUGAAUCGGCGACCAAUUCAAGUGAUCUUUACUCUGGAGGACACUCAGGGCAACGUUUUGGGAAGGCAAGCCGUUGAAGUUCGUAUCUGCGCUUGCCCGGGGCGUGACAGAAGGGCGGAUGAAAAGGCCACCGAACCAGUAACAGCUCAUAAAAGACCCCACACGCCGAGAAUGGGAAUGAAUACUGAAGUAUCGACUUCUUUUGGUACUAAAAGGAAGAGAAACUCGGACGACGAAGUGUUCACGUUAACUAUUAAAGGACGCGAAAAUUUUGAAAUGCUAUGUAGACUACGUGAUUCUUUAGAGUUGAGUUCGAUGAUACCGCAACAGCAAGUCGAUUCAUACAAACGUCAACAGAACGAUUAUAACAAACAACUAGAAGUUGUAGCCGUUGAAAAGACCAAAGUUCGCAAUGCAACAACGACAAGCAGAGGUCGGACGGUGAAAAAUGAAUAUCAAUUUUUUAAUGAGUAAGCACUGCCGUUUUUAUUAACAACGUCCAAUCGACACAUCUUUUUCUUUUACAAGAAGAUAUUAUCUAUACAAUCAUAUAUAUAUAUAUAUAUGUAUAUAUAUAUAUAUAUCUGU